CGAAAAAGCAGCCGUAGAUUCAUACCUCUGUUUCGGAAAUCUAAAGACGCCCUGAGAAGAAGAAACAGAAAGAAAAUAAGCAGAAGCAAAGGCCGUGUCAACAGAGAAUCAGGGAUACACAAAUUUCGGUCACAAUUCUCGCCAAUCUCGAUCACCAUAUAGAUUUGCAACCGCUGGUCCGGCAAGGGCUGGCUUCGUUGAUGCAAUCACGGCUCUAAUCAAAGCAAUUACUCGUAGCAUUAAGAUUUCAAGGGGCAGAGAAUGCAUGAGAGCUUUUUCUAAGUCGUUGUUUGCAUGCCCUUCGUUUCACGGCGGUCGCGGUGCCCUACCCUCGGCCGGUGGGCAUCCCUCCGAUCUUACCUUCCUCGCCGGCGGUGGCUGCUGCUAGAAACGACGACCGUCCAACUUUUCCCUUCUGGAUUUUUUGCCAUUUUGCAAAAUACUUCGUUUUUUAUUAAGCAGUAAACAUGGUUACAGUGGAGCAGCUUCAAGACGACAACUUUUUGUCUCAGUGCCCUCCUCCACUGUCGUUGCAAGGUAUAAGAAUCCCUUUAUACCGCUUUGGUAGCAAUUCUGUAUUGGAUAAUGGUUCUGUUGGAGGCAUUUCAUGCUUAAUUGAAGAAGAACAGAGUGUGCUAGAUUCUAUUCUUCUAGCGCAGUGGGAAGAUCGAAUGUGGAAAGGUCUAUUCAGAUAUGAUGUGACAACCUCUGAAAUUAAGGUCAUUGGUGGCAGGAGAAAGUUUAUUGCUCAGUUUAAUGAAGGAUGGAGUAGGGAUUGUAUGCCAAAGCUGGGAAAGAACAAAAUCCGCCACCAAAAAGAUGUGUUUGAGUUUAGUUGGAUGGAACGCCAGGAGGAGUUACUUUUUUGUGUUGCAAGUGGUGAAAAGUUAAACCCUGAGCUUGUUCUUUCAGCUGCCGUGCCUGAUUGUGGCUUAUUGAUUACUAUCAACUCAUCCCCUGUGGAAUAUGGCCAUGUCUUCCUGGUACCACAUAGCUCUUACAUUCUUCACCAGUUCCUAGAUGCAAGAUCCUUGGAACUAGUUCUGCAUGUUGCUGUUGAAGUAAAUAAUUGCUCUUUUCGCCUAUUCUAUGACUAUUCACCUAGUGCUUCUCAUAUAUAUUUCCAGGCCUGCUACCUUCAAAUCCCUUUACCUGUUGAAUUCAUGCCCUUGGAUACUUUUUUUGGCGAUGGGCAAGAGGGGAUGCGUAUCUCUUCUGUUACAGAUUACCCCAUUAAGACUCUCGUUUUCGAGAGCAACCACUUGAAUAUGAUGGUGGAGAUUCUUGCUGAGAUAUGUUCGUGUUUACAGGAAAAGCUCAUUCCAUAUAAUCUGCUGAUAUCUGAUCAUGGCAAAAGAAUAUUUUUAUUUUUUCAGCUACAGACAUCAAAAAACUUUUGUACCCUUUCAGCUUGGGAAUGUGGGGGUUACUUCGUGGUUAAGGCAAGGUCGGAAUUUGAUCAAGCUACUGAGCAGGCUCUGCUAAAACAGCUAACUACCGUCUCCCUUGAUGAUGAAGGUUUCCAAGGGGUGAAGCGGCUCUGUUGCACCAUUGCCAGCAAGUUCGCUUCUUGAAUUUAAGAGCUGUGUUGUGAUGAGAUUGGGAAGUUUCAAGUUGUCUUUUGGAAAUAGACGCUCAGCAAGUAUAGAUCAUCUUUUCCUUUUUUUGAAACAGAAAUUUUCGCUAUGUGAUGAUAUAAUAAUUGCAA